AUGGCAGACUUAGAUGAUUUCUUUGCCAAGAAGGAUCGCAAAAAGUCAAAGGCUAUAAAGAAGUUCGCGACGGCUGAUGAGUUAGCCAAAAAAUUGGAUGACCCAAAACAGAAAUCAGAUGUAAGGCCAAAGAAAGAGCGGCCGGUCCAAGAAGGAGAAGAAGGAGGCAGAGCUGGGGAGGAAGAGGAAUGGAAGGAGUAUGAGGAACCCGUGAAGGAUUACACCGGGCUGAAGAUCCAGGUGCUGCAGGGUGGCAACGGACAGCCGGAGUCCGGUCGCGACUCUGCCUCGGAGGACGCAGCGCCCGAAGGAGGCAAAGUCAAGGGACCGUGGAACAAGCCUCAACAGCCGGAAGCAGAGACCCCAGCGCCGGCGCCGGUGGAGGAACCAAAGCCGCGCGAGACCAAGCCCGCGGCCUACGUGCCGCCAUCCUCACGCCAGCGACCCAUUGAGAACGUGCGCAGGAGUACGAAGCACGCGCCAGACAUCCACAACGACGAUUACUUCCCCGUGCUGGGCGCGAGCACCAAGCGCGGCGGCGGGGGCUGGAGCACGGCGGGCGGCGGCGCCGCGCGGGACAGGGACAUCGCCGCGCCACGACACCAACUUGCGCUCGGGAACCGAUUCACCUCGCUGCAGGAUGAUAGCUAG